UUGUGUCAUGUCAGAACACAUCACAAUAUUUACCUCUUCCAGCUCACACCAUGGUGGCUGAAGGUUGCGUAUCUGGAAUCGCGCGCACCCCUCCCUAUUAAUACAUCUCCUGGCUUGAUGUUCCCUCUGUUUCCGAACACUGGUAAAGACACCCAGAUAGAUCAUGCCGCAAAAAUCACCCAGGCCGCUGUGGAGUUCUACUUGAAAAUAAUCAGAAACGAAAUUCCGCAGGAUAUGGCUGGCAAGACGCCGUUUGACAUGAGCCAAUACAUGUUCAUGUAUGGGACCACUCGCAUUCCUCGAAAAGGUUGUGAUGAGCUCCGAUACGGAUACGCCAAUGAAAAUCAGCCCAAGCAUAUCGCCGUUAUUCACAAUGGACAUGUAAGUCUUUCGCUAAUGUCUCAGAAAGGAAGUAAAUAG